GCCGGGCCCGGCUGGUACUUGCGGCGCCCAGGCCGCCGGAGCGCGCUCCGUAGGCUCCUGUCAGCGGCGAGCGCGGCCGAUCCCGGGGCGGCCCUCGGGCGGCGAUCGCUGCCUCCGGUUUCGCGGCUUGGCCCCUCUGGCGGCCGUCCCGGGCGACGGGAGUUGGCGGCGGGAUGUGCUCGGCCGGGGAGCUGCUUGGAGGCGGCGGCGGCGGCGGCGCCGGAGAGCGCGACGAGGACGGGGACGCGCUGGCGGAGCGGGCGGCGGCGGGGACCGAGCCGGAGCCCGGGGCGAGCCCGCGGCGGCGCGACCGGCAGCCGCAGGAGGAGCAAGAGCAGGAUAUUGAAGAAUCACAAAACCCCACUGGCGAGCCUGUUGGAGAUGACUACAAAAAGAUGGGAACACUUUUUGGUGAACUGAACAAAAGCCUCAUUGACAUGGGCUUCACAAGGAUGUAUUUUGGAGAACAAACUGUAGAACCAGUAAUAGUCAUUUUCUUUUGGCUUAUGCUGUGGUUCCUUGGCCUACCAGCCCUUGGACUAGUUGCUAUUCUUUGCCUUGUCAUUAUUUAUGUGCAACAGUAAAAUAUGGCCGAAUGAACUACUGACAUUUGGCAGCCAUAUAUGUAAUAAGUGAAGUUAUGUAUUUCACCACAUAAAGGCUGAAAAUUUUGCCUUGUUUCAAAUUGUGUGCUGUUUUGUAAUUAAAUUUAUAAGUUGAUGUUGUUAUAAAAUUAAACUCAACUCGAUGAUAACAGGGUUGAAUAUAUAUUUUGUAGCUUAUUCAUAACUCUUGUUUAACUACUGUGAUCUGUGCCCACUUUUAAACACUCCUAUUCCAAUGCCAAAUCUUGAAUAACACCAAAAAGUGAGCAGGGAAUGUUCCCCUGUUCACUCUUCUAAAUGUUCUAAAACAUUUUAGAAGAAAAAGGAUGAAACAAGGAGCUAAAAAUAAGUUGUAAUUGGAGAACUGCUCCCCACCUACCCCCACCAAAUAAACCCAUAUUAUCUGGGAAAUAAUUUGAAUUUCCAUUGUCCCUGCUUAGCCCAAUCCAAUGUAAAUGAUAACUUCUAUAUACUACCUUAAAAUCUUGAUGAAAAUCAGUAAAGCUAGCACAUUUUCUAAAGAUUGAAAAGAAAUAUAUUUAUUAUUGAUGGGGAAACUUCCCAAGUUAAAUGUAACUUUUUUAUAAUGUAAUACUUGGGCUUAGAAUCACUUCAGUAUGUCAUUUGAAGUUUUAGACAGUUUUGGUGCUAAUUACUUUUUGUGAAUUUUUAAAGUCUCAUAAGCCAGGUUCAUAGUUGGCUGUACCCCAUGGUAAUGAAUAUUUUCUUGUAUCUAACCAGUUGUGUAUUUUUUUCCUAGAGAGACAUUUUCAGUGUAUUUUUUUCAGAAAUUUAUAUUUUAUAGUUCUUUUAUAGCAAUUAUUCUAAGAUUUAAAAAAUCUAUUUCCUAUCUUG